UUCUUUCGGAGUAACAAGUGUUAAUGACGAGAUGGCGCGGACAUCACUGAUUGUGUUGUUUGCGGGCUUCGCUGUCGUCUCAGCGGCUCACUCUAGUGUUACUGAAGACCUAUUUAAUAGUGACAUCUCCAAUCCUCGGUUUUCAGACAAUGUAUUCGAGGAUGCUAAAUUAGAUGUCCCCGAACUGGUUCGGAAAUACAGAUAUCCGUUGGAAGAGCACGAGGUGACGACUUCUGAUGGAUACAUUCUACGGAUGCACCGCAUUCCGCAUGGCAGGGACCAGAACAACGCUCCCGGUGUGAAACGACCCGUAGUGUUUUUGAUGCACGGGUUACUGUGCUCGUCAGCUGAUUGGGUUAUUAUGGGCCCUGGCAAUGGUUUUGCAUACAUUCUAGCUGAAAGUGGAUUCGAUGUAUGGAUGGGCAACGCUCGCGGUAACUACUAUUCGCGUAGGCACGUUCGUUUGAAUCCUAAUUCAAUACUGAGCAACGCUUUCUGGGAAUACUCCUGGGAUGAGAUUGGAAAUAUAGAUUUACCAACGAUGAUAGAUUAUACACUUAAGUACACAGGCCAAGAAAAACUCCAUUACAUUGGUCAUUCUCAAGGCACAACAUCGUUCUUUGUUAUGGCGUCUCUUCGUCCUGAGUAUAACAACAAGAUAAUUUCGAUGCAUGCGUUUGCUCCUGUUGCGUACAUGGCACAUAAUAAGAGUCUUCUGUUAAAUACAUUAGCGCGUUAUGUCGACGAUAUAGAGGAAUUUGCGAGCCGUUUUGGAAUUGGGGAAUUCAUGCCUAACAGCCAGAUAAUGACAUGGGCUGGAGAAUCGAUGUGCAGGGAUGAGGUCGCUACUCAGGCGAUUUGCAGUAAUAUAUUGUUCCUGAUAGGCGGAUGGAAUGAGGAUCAGCAUAAUGCGACUAUGAUGCCAGCGAUAUUUGGCCACACCCCCGCCGGUGCCGCUGUAAGACAGUUCGCUCACUAUGGCCAAAGUAUUGCUGGCAAAGAAUUUCGCCGCUAUGACCAUGGGUUGUUAAGGAAUAUGAUUGUAUACGGCAAUAUGAGGCCACCAAAAUAUAAUCUGGGGAAUGUUAAAAUACCCACAUUUUUGCACUACUCAUACAAUGAUCCUUUAUCUCAAGUUAAGGACGUUUAUCGUCUACAUGAAGAGCUAGGUCACGGAAUCAAGAUGUUGUUACCAUUGCCUACAUUUAGUCAUCUAGAUUACAUGUGGGGGAUAGAUGCGAAGACUGUAUUGUACGACAGAGUAAUAAAUUUGAUGAAAUCCGUCGGGCAUGGAUAAUCUUAAAAUAAAUAAUAAAGUCAAAUUAAAGUGGAGGAA